AUGCGAAACGCCCGGCAGAAGCCUUCGCUGGUGAUGCUCCAGGCGGAACACGUGCAGGCGAUCGCCAACGGUGAUAGCGAAGCCUUGAACAAGGCCAGGGUGCAGAUCGAGCAGCUGCGGCAGGAGCUUCUGCAGCUGAAAUCCAAGGACGAAGACUUUGUGGCCAUGGCCAUCAGCAAAUCCUUCGGUGACGCCAACGACAUUGACCUGACCUCCUCCAACGGCGCACCGUUGAGGGACCGGCUGCGGUUCUGGCUUUUGCGCUAUGCGGAUCUCGAGGCUACGCUGUGGUUUGAACACCUCUGUUGCGGACUUCUGAGCCCCAGUGCCGAGGAGGAUUUCGAGCAGCUGAACCCCUUCCUGGACAGGGCGAAAGCUGCAGGCUUGCUCAGUCGGCUCACACAGAUGAUGCUGGUAGCUGGGCGUGUUAUCCAGACCUGCCGUGCACUGGACAGCUGCCAGGACCUGGCCCAGCUACUCGCGAAUCCGGCAUCCGCAGGAUCGGCCGUGGCACUGGCUGCGGGACUCGGGGAGAAGGUCGAGAUGGUCAACGAGUUCUCCGACGCCCUGCGGACAGGCAAGUCGAGCGUCAAGCAGAUGAUCAUGGGUGCUGGCAAGACCUCCGUGGUCUCUCCAUUGCUGGCGUUGAUGCACGCGAAUGGUCUACGCAUCGUCUGCCUAGUGGUUCCGCCAGCUCUGAUCAGCCUUUCCCGCUCUGUGUUGCAGAAUUGCUUUUCCACCGUGGUGCAGAAGCGCGUGUCCACCUUCAAGUGCGACCGAUCCUUGGAUCUGGAGGUUGCCCUGUCGGAACGCCUGGGCCGCAUCGUAAGCCAUGGCGAUGUGCUCCUUACAACACCGGGAGACGUCAAGUCACUUCAGCUCCGCUUCCUCGAGCAGUUGGAUCUCGCCAAUGACCGCCAAGCACGACGAAACACAACGCAGAUGAGGCGCGAGUGUGUGCAGAUGGGCCGUGCCUUGCAGCUGCUCAAGGAUGGCAUUUGCAUGAUCGACGAGGUCGACCUCGUGCUUCACCCACUGCGGUCGGAACUGAACUUUCCAAUUGGCCCCAAGAACCUCAUCGAGCACGCACCGGAUCGCUGGCGUGCAGUGCUCCAUCUCCUCGAUGGCUUCUUCAGUGUGGAGAAGGGCCGUGUCCCGCCGCACCUCAAGGAUUCGCUACGCGCAAAAGAGAUUCUGAAGCUCUUGGGGGACGUGAUCCUUCGGGGCUGCGACCGGCGUUUCUUGCAGAGGAAUCCUCAUCUCAUCCUGCUCAAUGAAGACUUCUACCAUCGCGAG